UUGUGUUGGCGUGUUGUUCAAAUUAACAACAUAAGAUGUAUUUGUCUUUGACUCAGAGACAUAUUAGUUGCGUGUGUGAUAAAAUUAAGCCUGAAAAACUGUGCUACUGAAGAAAAACUUAAACAUAUAAAAAAGAUACAGUUGUAACUGCCGUAGUCAACCUAAAGUUAGCUGUGUCAGGCAAACGAAAAUACGGCCAUGGAUCCACAUCCAGCAGAUUUUCCAGAACCACCCCCACAGCCCAGAAUUACUCUUCGUUCUGACACUGUUGACUCCAGUGUAUUUCAUGAUGAUGAUAACUUAUUUUCAAUGGACGAUGCAGUAGAACAGCCAGAUUCAUUUGAUGCCGUUCCACCAAAUAGUUAUCCCUCCCCAAAUAGUUCUUUGAGUACAUCAUAUAGUGGAGGUGACAUUUUAAGCAUGGCAUCACCACCAUUACCAGUAACCCGGAUAACAGAAAGAACUCAAACAGCUGGUGAAGUGAUUCGAACUUACAAUCCAAGUCCAGAGAAAAGGGAUCAUGAAGUAAGCUAUGAUGAAUUGCUGGAAGAAGACAUGAAGUUUAGUGCAGAAGGUGUUUCUGAUUCGGUUAAGCAUUUUUAUGGAGCUGCCAUUCCAGUGACAUGUGAUGACAGAGUUGACACAGGUGCAGGGUAUGACACAGUUGAUGCUGGUGCAGAUUAUGGCUCUGAUGCAGGACCAGAUAAUUCAGAUACUGGUCCACCUCUUCCAUACAAACAGAAAUCAAAAGUUAUUGAACCAGAGGCCAUUGCAGUGAAUCGUGAAUUCCAAUACCCUAUGAACCAUAAACAAAGAGGUUGCUGUAUCAUAUUUAAUCAAAAGCAUUUUGAUGCGCACUUGAGAAUGGAUACAAGAGAAGGAACGAACCAUGAUGCUGAAAACAUAAAACAUUCAAUGGAAAUGCUGGGGUUUGAGCACGUACGAAUCAUUAAGGAUUCUACUAAAGUUGAAAUUAUCAAUUGGAUUGCUGCAGUUUCAAAAGCUGAUCAUUCCAAUUACGAUUGCUUCGCUUGCGUGAUAUUAACUCACGGUGGUGAUAAGGAUGUUCUCUAUGCACGUGAUGAUAAAAUGGAGUUGAAAGACUUCAUGCAACCAUUUAGGGGUGACAAUUGCCCCUCACUUGCUACCAAGCCCAAACUCUUCUUUAUACAGGCUUGUAGAGGUUUUAAGCUAGCGGAACCUGUGAAAGUUCGACCUGUACAAUGCGAUUCAUUAAAUUAUGACACAACAGAUGGUGGAUCUGCAACUGUGGAUGAAUUUGCCACAAUUCCUGCUGAGGCAGAUUUCCUUAUAGCACAAUCAACGGUGCCAAAAUAUUACUCCUGGAGAAACAAAAGUAACGGAUCUAUUUUUAUCCAAGCUCUUUGUUUAACAUUUAAUCUUUUUGGUGAAAAACAAGAAAUAAUGCAGAUGAUGACGAAAGUAAAUCGCAUGGUGGCUUAUGAUUAUGAAUCUGCCUCAAAAGAUCCGAAAAUGAACCAGAAAAAGCAGAUACCAUCAAUCACCACACAACUAACUGCGGAACUUUAUUUCCCAAAGAAACGAGAGGGACAUCCAAGUGCAAGCGAAUAUUCUGUAAAUCAACAGGUGACAUCACCACGGCAAUUGCAACACAAUCAAGUCACUGCAAGAUGUGAAUACGACCAGUACAGCUCCCAUACUGUACGAGCAUCAGACAACGCGUUCGUCGAAACAACAACUCAAUUCAGCCGUCUCGCAAUGCAAGCUGGUGAUGCAAGCAGGUUAGAAGAAGCUUACAUGGAUCCAAGAACCCAAGGUGCUGCAGCCAACCCACCAAGCCACGCCUCGGUCCGCCAACGUGAUUUAUUCCCCCGUCCCCCACCCUUACCUACUAAGCAGAGACAGACACGCCGUUCUAACGAUAGCAGCCAUCGCAGAUCGGGCGAUUACACAACUCGAAGACCACCACAAGAAGUCUAUUCGUCUCCCACCGGUUCUCCUCGUGACGUCACACCUCAUUACGUCACAGGUUAUGACGCACCCCCCCGUCGCUCAUCACAUGAAACUUCGCCAUAUGGCAGCCAGCAUAACGUAGCAAGGCGACGACCAUCGUAUGAAACCUCUUUCCCCGCUGGUUCAAGAGCCAUCCCAGCAGUCACCUUAAGAAAACAGAGCUUACCCGUUUCUAGCAUGUACAGCAGUUCAGCAGACUCGCACCUCUUAACGCCUAACAGACACCUUCACCCGAGCGAAACUGUUCCUGCGCGGCUUUCCGUUUCCCCAAACGCCGCCAGAAACUCUGUAAAUCGUCGAAGUCUUCCGCUGGGUACAGACCCCAAACCGCAAGCCGUUUCGAGCUGGGGCUCUGGCAUCAACCGAGCCGGUCUUCGUUCAACGAAGCAAACAGAAGUAUAAACCCAAAAGUUAUAUUGUAGUUUUAACUAUCUAUAUACAAAACGCACUAACUUGUAUAAAUACGUGGCUGCUUUAUUUUGGGUUGUAUUUAUUUACUAGCCAUGGGCUACUAAUGAUUUAAUACAAGCUUCCCAUUAAGCAUAUACAUAUCAGUAUAAUUUUUCACUUAUUUUUCCCCCUUUUUAAUAAUUUUAUUGCCCCAUUUUUACAUUGUGCCUUUGAAUUCCAACAACUCACAAAUGUUUCUGUAAUUUUAUGCAAUUUUGCGCCAUAAGAUUCUUAAUUUAGUACAUUUUAACAGUAUCUUAAUGUUAAUACACUACUGUUCUUAAAUUCCAAAAACUGUUACCAUUUCAUCUUAUGCUUUUUCGCCAAAGUUUGUAAAUUCUGUAUUUUUUAUAAAUCUUCUUCCAAAUUUUAUAAUACUGUUUCUACAUUUCGAAAACUUGUAAAUAUAUAAUCGUUUUUCUUUACAGUCAUAUUUAAAACAACAUAGUUCAUUUUUGUUCCAAUUUCAAAAGCGUGCUUUAAAGUACUGGUAUAUAGUAGUAAUAUGGGGUAGGAUGGAUACAUAAUACGCAUUUUCCAUAACCGUGUUUUGAAAAAUUAACAACGCUCUUUUAGAGUUGUGAGGAUACGUGAGUCUGUAAAUAUUCUUUGUUUACUGCCAAAUGGAAUAACAAAGAAUAAAAUGAUGUCCCAUCUUACCCCAACCUACUAAAUACCCACAGUAUAUAAGUCAAUACAUACAGGUGCUCCAAGCUUCAAUCCAAAAGCGUUUUAAACAAAAUUCAUUCCUAUAUUCUCAUUAACAGGUGCGACAUACAUAUACACCAUCUAUAACAUUGUGGUUAUUAAAAUUCUAAAUUGUCGAAUCAACUGUAAAUUUAUAUGUUGCUUAUUUUUGAACAAACGUUGAACAAAUACAGUAUUUUUAAGGCUUU